AUUCGGAGAAUGGCCGCGGCCGCUGCGUGCGGCUCCCCGGCCCCGCGGCCGCCCCGCGAGCAGCCGGCACCGCCUCCGCGGAAGCGGGGGGACUCCCGGCGGCGGCAGGCCGCGCUCUUCUUCCUCAACAACAUCUCCCUGGACGGCCGUCCGCCUUCCUGCCCGGAGGCUGAGAAAGCGCCGCCUCCCCCCGCGGGCCCGGGAGAAGCGGAGGAAGCGGUGGAACCGGCCGGAGCCCCCCCGCGUCUGCUGUCCCCGCCGCGGGCGUCCAACGGGCCCCCUCCCGCUCUGCUGCUGCCGCCGCCGCCCGCGGCAUCCCCCGCGGGGCUGAAAGGGGACGCGGAGCCGCCCCGCGGGGGCAUCGCGCUGCUGCUGGGCGGCCCCCUCUGCCCGCCGGCCCCCCCCGGACCACCCGCGCUGCUGGGCGCCGUCAAACCGGGUGCCGCGGGGCUGCUGAGCCCCACGCAGAGCGCCGGGUUAGCGCUGGAGGUGCAGCGGCAGAGAAGGCGUUUUAUCUCCCAGCGCUGCUCUCUAGACUUUUUAGAAGACAUAGUGGAAUAUGCCAGUGUACAAAGAACCAAGCAUAUAUCUGGGUCUCCAAGGCACAAGAAUUUGAAGAAGAUGCACUUCAUCAAGAACAUGAGGCAGUAUGACACGAAGAACAGCAGGAUCGUAUUAAUCUGCGCUAAACGAACGCUGUGCGUGGCUUUUUCUAUCCUACCUUAUGGGGAGAGUUUACGUAUCAGUGACCUGAAGAUGGAUGGACAGAAGCAGCGACAUCCUUCUGGGGGCGUUUCGGUGUCCACUGAGAUGGUCCUUGGCAUGGAAGGAGUAGAGCUGGGGGCGGAUGGCAAGGUUGUGUCCUAUGCAAAAUUCCUGUACCCAACCAAUGCCCUGGUUGUUCGCAAGGCUGACAGCCAUAGUGCUGUCCCUUCCUGCCGAGCUGGUGCUUCACGGAGUCUUCCUGGGUCGAGAUAUAAACCUGUGACUGCAAAAAUGAUACCAGCAGGAACAGAGAUCGGAAGCGAAGCCGGGGAAGUGGCAGAGUAUGAUCCUAAUCUUCUGGAUGAUCCUCAGUGGCCCUGUGGAAAACAUAAACGGGUUCUCAUCUUUGCCUCUUACAUGACAACAGUCAUAGAAUACGUGAAACCCUCAGACCUUAAAAAGGAUAUGAAUGAAACCUUCAGAGAGAAGUUUCCUCAUAUCAAGCUGACGCUGAGCAAAAUUAGGAGUUUGAAGAGAGAGAUGCGGAACCUGAGUGAAGAAUGCAAUCUGGAGCCAGUUACUGUGUCCAUGGCUUAUGUGUACUUUGAGAAGCUUGUCCUCCAAGGCAAACUCAACAAACAGAACCGCAAACUGUGUGCUGGUGCUUGCGUUCUGCUCGCAGCCAAAAUCAGCAGUGAUCUCAGGAAACAUGAAGUUAAACAUCUUAUAGAUAAACUAGAAGAGAGAUUCAGAUUCAACAGAAGAGAUCUUAUUGGUUUUGAAUUCACUGUCCUUGUAGCUUUGGAACUGGCUCUCUAUCUUCCUGAAAACCAAGUGUUACCUCACUACAGACGGCUCACACAACAGUCUUAACCAAAGCUACACUCCAGCUGGUGGCUGGCGGCGCUGGGGAUAGCAUCGCUGAGCUCUGCUGCUGACAUUGCCAUUGGCCUUCGUGCCCUGGGAGCAUCCUGCCAGCUCUAGUUCUAAAGUCUGCAGUGUGUUUUCAACCUGUCAAGGUUUGCAUUACGGACACGCAUGAGAAGUCUGGGAGAUGGUACGAGAAGAGUUGUUGAACUUCAUUUUGUUUUGGACAUUUAAAGCACAAAUAUUCACCAGGCAGCUGUCAUGGCUGCUGAUUAUUCCUUAUUUAUCUUCUCAGUUUUACUAAAACUGUUCUCCCUUAUGAAGAAUCCUAUGGUAUUGUUUCUUUUUUUUUUUUUUAAGCUUUUAUUUUUAUUCCUUGAAACUAAAGGAAGCAUCACUUCCAUUCCAGUGCACCAUUAAGUCCAGAUGUUUCUAAGAGUCUUCUUGCAUUUUUACAUUAAUGGAACACAUACUUUAUUUUUUUAAAGACGUGCCUAAAACUGGCUGGUCCGGUACCAGUACUUUUUAAGUUAGUUAUGUUAUUUAGUAGAGAAUCCUGAAUUUAUAUAGCCAUUUAUUCUUUACCUGCAUUGGCCUUGUGUAUAAGGAAAAUGAUUCCAGUAUAUCUGCACUAGUGAUACCCAGGGCAUCUGUCCUACACUAUCUAUAACUAGACUGAAAUUGCUGUUUCAAUUUAGUUAACUAUAAUACCUGAAGAACAUAAAUUUUAUUUAAAGAUUGUUUUGAAGUCUGUCAUGAAAUACCACCAGUUGGACAAGGUAGCUGCAGCAAAGUGAUUACCAGCCCAAUUCACUCUUAAAUGAAAGAUGAGUGCUUUUGACCAAGAGCAACUUGGUCUAAAAUAUAUAAUUUCUUAUAUUGAUUUGUUUCUGUGUUCUGUAGUCUGAACUAAGCACCUUUUUCAGUGGGACUGUAUUAUAUAUGGUCUUACAUGCUCUGAGCAAGUACUUAAGUCAGUAAAGCUAUUUCUGCCAAACCAAGCCAAUGACACAAAGCAUGCUUGAUAUUGAAAAUGCUACUUUUCUUACUCUGUUCUUCCAAGCAUUGCAUCACUGUGACAGUCCUCAUAAUACUAGCAUUUGUUGCACACCUGAACAGCCACUUACCAGCUGGCGCCAGGCAGCACCCCACUGCUUACACAGAGGUUGUUAAGUUCUGUGGCCAUUGACUAUUUUUUCAUUUGUUCUUAAAGUAUCCAGGUUGGGAAUGAGCUCUGAUUACAUGUGGAACCUUCUGUGAUAUUGGCUCUUGGUUUUAUUUUCUGAAGCAAUAUUAUGAUACAGGUAGCUGUGUCCAUUUGCAAGAAGCAAAUCUGAUGCUUGGCUAUAAUGACUGAGAAAUUUGUAAUUUGUUUGACUUCUAAAUGGAGAUGCUAAACCUUGUACUGAGGUAUGGGUACCUGCUAUCUAAUAUGUAAAGUAAUGUAAAUUUCUGUUCCUUGUAUUAGAUGUUGUAGGCAGAAACAAAGCUGAAUCUUUAUUCUUCAGCCAUGUUUUGCCUGCAGCUAAUUUUGCUUCAUUAGAGUUGCAGCAAACUGUAUUGGACCCCCUUCCUCUUUAUGUAGGGCUCAAAUUGUAUUUUUCGUAUGGAAUAACUACACUGACUAUUGAAUCCUUUGUAACUGUGUUCAGCUGUACGUAGCUUCAAGUUGUCUGUGUAAACUUAAUAUGCUUCUGGCUUCUCUUUAACACAGAAGGACUUUCCAGUCUCUGUAAGUGAGAUGGUAGGUAAUUAGGUAGGCUUGCCAAUUAUGUAAGGGCUUUAAAAUUGCCUGCUGGUUCAACUUUCUACUGAAUAUAAUUGUAAUUGCAUGCAAUUAAUAACAAAGUGCUAAACAUAUGGUGAGCCUUGGAAUUAGUGAACAGUGGUGAGGACAACUGAAGUUGGCCCACCACUCCCUAUGAUCGUUGGGCAAGGAGGAAGAGCUGAAAUUGAGCAAAGAAAUCCUUCACGUGAUAUCUCCAGAAAUUCAUAAACCACUUUGUUUAGUGAGAAAGAAGUUGGAGAACAUCUCUGGCAAUUUCUUUCUACUUAGCGUAUGAAGAGUCGUCUUUAACAAUUAACUUUCUCGCAAUAUAGGGGAAAAAAUGUAUUUAUUUUUGGAGUAGUUCAGUCUGUAUUCAGUGGAAGGAAGUUUCUCUCGUUGCAGUGGGCGUUUGGGCUGGAGUUCCUCUUGAAAAACGGGAAACUAUUGUUUACCAUCAUAAAUGGGUAAGGUUUGGGUUGUAUUUUGGUGUGGUUUGGGGUUGUUUUUGUUUUUCUUCAGAAGAACAGAUUAGGAUAAGGAGUAUUACUUUGAAACAGCAUUCUAUCAUUUAACUCUAAGCAUUGGCUGAGGCUCACGCAGUGGUGCUGAGCCUGGAGGCUGCGUGGGGUGCAGGCAGAUGUGGCAGCCCCGUGGGGCAGUGAUGUUGGAGCAGAAGCAGUGCUUUUGGGCCGGCGGCAGCCAGAUGCAGCUUGUAAAUGAGUACCUCUUUUGUGUUGUCUCUGCAGGAUCAGUCCUGGAGCAAUACAGUAGCCGUGUAUAUGUGUUUAUUACUCUGUUGCCAGUGUGUGGCUUCCAGCCCCGUUCAGUUCUUCCUAUGUGGCAAUAUUUAUCACUUCACCUAAAAGCUGCCACCGUGUGGCAAAGGACUAUUACUGCAUUACCUAUUAAUAAAGCGGGACCCAAACCCUAAUCAGCUUCAUCGGGCUGCAGAGCACUCCUCCUGGGGCAGCUGUGGCUGAAUGCUGUGCACCUGUGAGUGCGGUGCUGCUCUGGCUCAGCACAGGCGAUUCUCGACAAGAGGCUAUACGUUCUUGUGUAAAAUAUAUAUAUAUGUAUACAUAUACACUGUCACGGUUUUUGGCUUACUGUGUUAUUUAAGAAUCUGGGUUAGACCGUUCCAUGUACUUUUAGUUUUUUCCCCCCGUGAAUUUGUGCGUUUAAGAUGCUGUGAAAUAAAAACGGUUUUGAUACGUGUUUUGUAACCAAA